AUGGACGAAUUCUACGACACGCACGAAGCAGUUCGCAAGCUGGAUGAGAUAAUUCGGGGUCGACGAAAGACAAGUAACGCUGCGAACGGGGUUUAUCAACUUAUCGAACUGAACCUCGACUCUUUGAGCGUUUCGCAAGAGGGCGUAAGGGGCGCGUGGUUCUUGUGCUACAACAGCGAAGAUACCGGGCAUGAAGCUGCCUACAUUCGUGUCCAGGGAAUAAUAACCUCAAAACUACUGCCUCCUGUUUCCAGGCCAGAAAACUUCAACCAGAUGAAGAAAGCCCGGCCACAUAUGAGGCAAGCGGUUACUCUUUCAGGCUUAGGGUCGAAAGAGUUCCAAGUUGCAGUGGCCAACGUCGAGAAGGUAUACCUUCACUUUUAUAAUCGACUCCCCGAAGGCACGCUUCUUCCCAUGGACCUUGGGCAUGAGUCGGGUGACGCAACAUUGGACCUUGCCUGCCGAUACUUCACCCAUAAAAAUGCUACGUUUGGCCAAACCCAGGAGGUUAUCUCAAGUCUCGUUGACCCUGAAGGCGUCCUCGCUUCCUUGUGCGAUGCCGACUUCCUGUACACGGCCAACAACAUUGUGGACUACAAGGCUCGUACUAUUCAGGAAAACGGUACCGUAAGGUAUGAAGAUUGCAGUCCUGCGAUGUUCAAAGUUGGAGAUAUCGUCGAAGCGACCGUUGUCUUCGCCUGUCUCCCUACCAAGGAGAAACAAUUCCGAAUGACUUUUCUUCUGAAAGCGCUGACCCAGCUCAACACCGAUGAACGAAACUCUGCAGCCAUCCUUCGGAUGAGGAGCCGGUUCCCGAAUUUUAACCGAAACACUGUUCGGAAAAGGAAGCCUACUUACGUUGACGACGAAGAAGUUCAUGAAGCCCGUGACAGAUUCUGUCAGAUGAGGAUCGACGCUGAAUAG